AUGCAGAAACUCACACCGCAUGUUGUCAUUGUCCCAGCAUCUUUUGCCCCGCCAUCACUAUACUCCAAACUCGUUCAAAGCCUUGCACAAUAUGCAUUAGAUACAAUUGUCAUCGACCUCCCGUCUGUGGGAUUUCGUAGCACAUUGCCAGCUGCUUCUAUGGAAGAAGAUGCUGAGCAUAUCAACACAGUCACAACGAAACUAGCUGAUGAGGGCCAUGAGAUCAUCCUAGUGAUGCACUCUUACGGCGGAAUAUGCGGUACAGAGAGUACAGCUGGGGUUUCGACGAAGGAGAGACAAGCUGCUGGGAAGCAGGGAGGUAUAGUUCAUCUUGUUUAUAUCAGCUCUCCUGUCCCUGAGAUUGGAGGAUCAGUCAAGACCAUGAUGGGCGAUAACAUGCCCCAUUUUAUGAAGCUCGAGGGGGAAUACCUCAUAUCUGAUCCCGAAGGCUGCGCGAGCGUCAGUUUCUCAGACCUUCCAAAAGCCGAGGCGUUGACUUAUGCAAAACAAAUGACAGCACAUUCAGCGGCUAGUUUUGCUGGGCCACUCAAAAACGCAGGGUACUUGAGUAUCCCCGUUGCAUAUAUAGUUUGUGAGAAGGAUACUUCUGUCCCGCCUGAUGUCCAGAGAUCUGUCGUUGAUAUGAUAUUUCGAAAGAGCGGACGAGAAGUUAUCACAUUUUCUUGUGAUUCUGGACACUUUCCUACAGUCAGCGUCCCGGGAAAAGUAGCUUCUUUAAUCAACCAAGUCGUUACUAGAGUCAUUAGAGAAUAG